CGCAUUAUCUCUUCUUAUCCUGAUUUUUCACUUUAUCUGGUGCUGGUUCCCAGACUUAGAACCGUCCGAGUUUUAGGUCGGGGAAAAAAAUCUUAUUCAUACGGCAGCUUCGUUUUUUUGUCUUUGCAAACUUAUGGAAGCCCGAGGCGAUAAGCUCCAAAGCGUCUUUGUGGAACUUACAGUCGUUUUAAGAAUGGAAUCAUAGACUAUCUCUGCAGCCAUCAAAACUAUCGGUAUCUGCAAGUUUCCCACCGACUUUCUCCGGAGGUCAAAUACAAGGUUCGUUCACUUUUUUUGGGCAAGCUUACCCUCUCUGGGGACACGGAGUCCGAUAUAAUAACGCAAGAUUGAACAUUACCGUCUUCACCGCAGCCCUGACCGCAUGGUUGCUAUCGAUGCCUUGUUGGCAAUCGCCGGGGUGUUGCGUUGCUGGCUUGUAUCUGGUACCGAGCACCCCAUCAGCAUGCUUCCUCAGCUACUAAUUUGCGUGCAGCCGCCCCAUCGAUGCCUCCGGUUUCUUGAAACAGUUAGUUCAUGGUCAGUGAUUGGGAUAGGCAGCGUUUGCGUUAAAUUCGCUGACCACAGGAUAGUACCACGCGACGCACGAAGCCCCACACUCGACGGCUCCAAAAGCAUACGGUGGUUGCCAUAGUCGACCAGAGAUGAAUGAAAUAUCUUUCCCCUGCCUUGGGGAUAUUCCCUGUACAACCUGUGUCUCCCCGUUUCGGACAUGAUUUGUCAAGGAAAAUAGCCGUCCAGGAUUGGAUGAUUGGAUUCAUGAGGUUCAGCUUGACUGUUAUAGCUGAGAACAGUCAAGGCAUAAAAGCAGAGUCGGGUCUGGUGGGCAAAGGCACACGUGUAUCUGUAUCUCUUUAUUCAUUCAUCUAACGCCUAUUGCUGGAGUGGGAACUAUUACUGGGGCGCCAAACCCGGAGCUAUCUAUAGUCGAUAGCAGAUAGGGAACAUUCCUGCGCGGGCCGUCUUUGUGGGGAAGUCAUUGGGGUCGUCUGUGGUGAAAGGCUUCCACAGGACACAUGCACCGCUGCCAUCAUUGAAUAUGAG